AUGUCUCAGACAGAGGACAUGUCUGAACCGGUGGAGAUUGUCAUGGAGACGGAGGCAGAAGCAGGGGCCAGUGGCUACAGUGUGACCGGAGGAGGACACCGUGGGAUCUUUGUGAGAGAUGUUCUCAAAGACUCUCCAGCAGCAAAACACCUCAGUCUGCAGCAAGGAGAUCAGCUGUUGAGUGCCAAAGUCUAUUUUGAUAAUGUCAAGUAUGAAGAUGCACUAAAGAUUCUUCAGUGUGCAGAGCCAUAUAAAGUCAGCUUCCAGGUGAAGAGGACCGUCACCAAAGAGGCCCCCAAUGUCAGAGCCCGACUGCCCAGUGUAGAGGUCAAAGGGCCCCGUGCCAAAGCAGCUAAACUGAGUGUGAAGGGGAUGAAGCCAUUUAAAACCCAAAAGAAACGAGGAGGUCGCUUUGGCCUGAAGAGGUUGAAAGAAAGGCACACAGGAGAGUUGGAGCAGGAAGAUGGUCCCCCCAGUGAGGACCAGAGUGAUGAGGGCGAGGAGUUCUCUCUUCCCAAAAUGAAACACUCCCGGAGUUCCAAGGCACAACCUGGAGCCACAGGAAAGAGCAGACAGUACGUCAGGUUCCCCCACAUGAAAGCAAGGGCAGAGUGUGGAGCAAAGCCAGGCCAACCAGAGGAAACUAUGCAUAUGGAGAUGUCUGGAGCAAAAGUCAAAGCUCAUGGAAAAGCCCAUAAAUUUGGCAUCCAUUUUCCCAAGUCCAAACACACGAAGUCUGGUUCCGUGGAGGGCACCGCACCCAGGGUGACUGUGCAGCCACCAGAGGUCACCCUCAGUCUGCCUGAAGAUGGAGCCUAUGAAGGGGAUAAGAGCAGAGCACAGAUGAGCAAACCCAAAGUAGAUUUGGCUCUUCAUUCUGGAGGGUCGGAUUUCCAUGGAGAAUUGAAUGCAGAGGCUGGGAAUGUUGAUGCUGGCAAAGGUAAUGCUAAGCUCAGAAUGCCAAAGUUAAAAUUACCAAAGAUUCGACUGUCACGACAUUCAGAUGACAUGGAAGGUGAUGUGAAUAUAAAAGGAGAUGUCAAAAUCUCUCCCCCACCCCAAGUAAAGGUGUCUGCAGGCAUCCCAGGGGCAGCCUCAGUCAGUGUGUCCAAAGUUGAAGGAAGGCCCAGUGUGGAGGUGUCAGACCCACAGGGCACAGGAGCUGGGGUCAUGGUUGUGCCAGCUGUGGCUAUGCGUCUGCCUGAUGAAGUGGAAGGCACAUUUAAAUGUCCAAAGAUUUCUAUGCCAAAAAUGGAAUUAUCAGAUGUAGAACACGCUAAAGAAGAUUGUACACUGGAAACAGACACUGCAGAUGUGAACAUGGGACAUUAUGUUGGUGGGGAUGGACAUUUCAAAAUGCCAGAAUUUAAUGUUAUUCUCCCCAAAAAGGAGUCAUUCAAGACAGAGAGAGAGAUGCAAGAGGAAGAGACAAUUACAUUACCUAAAGUAGACCUAACUAUUCCAAAGGUUAAGAAAGAAACAUGGAAAGCAGAAUAUAAUAAAUAUGAAGUAUCGGGGGGACAAGCUGAAAUCAAAAUGUCUUCUGUUGAUCCUGCUUCAGAGUUGUCACAUGAAAGUGAUCUAAAACUGAAAGGACCUCAUUUAGAAGAAAGUGUAACUGCCCCACUACUGGACAUAUCUCAACCAAAGAUGAUAGUAACAAACACUAAAAUCAGAGGUACCAUAGAGACAACAGAGGUACAGUUUCAAGGACCACCAACUGAGGUCUCCUUUCCAGACAUAGAUCAAAAGAAAGGCAACAUUAACAUUGCAAUGCCAGAUAUUGAAUAUGGAAAAGGAACCAUUUCAUCUGUUGAAAAAGUAUUACUGGAAACAGGACUGACGGGAGACAUUGGAGAACAGAGUCUGUCUACUGACAUAUCCCUUCCGGAUGUCAAAUUACCUGAGGCAGGGAUGUACAUUCAGGGGCCAAAAGUCGAAGGUGGGGCUGGAUUUGAGAUGCCAAAAACUGAUCUGUCAAAGAGAAAAUCAGUAGAAGGAUCUGAAGUUGACAUUAGUUCUGAUGGAAAAGCAAAUGUAUCAAAAGUGGACAUUUCAUUGCCAAACGUCAAUAUAACACCGGCAGCUGUAGAAGUUAAAGGGUCUGAGAUAAAGGGAAGGAAAGUACACAUGCCAGACAUUGAUCUUAACCUUUCCAAAGAAAAAACAGAUAGAUCAGGGGCCAGCAUCAAAUUUCCACAUUUCAAACUCCCUACAGUUAACAUUUUAGCCCCAAAAGUUGAUUUAGAAUUUGGUCAUUCAAAGCAAGGUGAUGAUGUAGAAGUAGAGCUGCUGCGUGCAGAGGGCAGCAGACCUUCUUCAGGGGGUAGUUAUGAUCCACCAAAUAUUUCUGUCAAAGAACCAAGUUUGUCUUCAAGGUUCAAUGGACAAUCAAAAGGAGAUGAUGCUUUAUCAUGCCCAAAGGGAAAAAUUAUUGUUAACCCAACACAUGUAGAAGGCAAGGUUGAGGUGCAGGAGGCUGGUGGAAAGAAAAAGGUUAAGGGAAAGAAAAAAAAAAUAAAACUGCCUUCAUUUGUAUUUUCCAAGAAUAAAGCUGACUUAUCUGCUUCGUGUGCUGAAGAAGAAACAACAUCCCCUAAAAUACAGCUUACAGGGAAAGAAGGUGCAGCAAAACUAGAAUCUGAUUUAGAGGGAAAAAGUGGUUUCCAUGGACCUGAUGUUCAUAUAAAACUCCCCAAAUUUUCAAUGUCAGGCUCAUCAACAGUUACAUCUCCAGACACGGAAGUCCUUCUCCCAAAACCUGAAAUGGGUGGUUCAGAAGGUGACAAUAAAAUCUCUGAGGGAAGCUUAAGAAUGCCCAAAAUACCAACAAUUGAUGUUUCAAUGCCAAAAUUUGACCUAGAUAUAUCAUUGCCCAAAGGCCAAGGGAAUAUCAAAGCAGGCACUGUCUCAACUUCAGGAAAGCUCCAACUUGAUAAUGUAAAACCCUCAGACAUUGAUAUAGAGGGACCAAAUCUGAACAUUUCAGAUGUGGACAUAUCCUUACCAGAGGCCACUGUUGUUGGCCCAGAGGUUGAGAUUGAAGGGGGACUACCAUGUGUUGACAUUUCACUUCCUAAAGGAAAGACUAAAGGUCGAAAUCUAGAUAUAGAGGGCCCUGCUGGGGGAAAGUUAAAAAUGUCUGGAAUCAAAAUGCCUAAGGUUGACAUAACUCUCCCAAAAGGAAAGACUGACGGACCAAAGCUUACCACAGAAAGACCUGAAGCUCACCUAGAAGGAUCAGAUGUAGAUAUAAAGGGUCCUGCUGGGGGAAAAUUCAACAUGUCUGGAGUCAAAAUGCCUAAAGUUGACAUUGCCUCAGCAAAUGUAAAACCAAAAACUGAUAUUGAAGGGUCAAAAUCUGGAACAAUCAAUAUGCCAGAUGUUGACAUAUCUCUUCCCAAAGGAAGCAUAGAGGGGCCUGAGCUGGAACUUGGAGGAAAAGCUGGAAGUUUCAAGAUGUUGCAUCCAAAUCUUCCUUCUGUUGAUAUCUCACUUCCAAAAGGAAAGAUUGAAGAUCCUGACGUUGAUAUAGAUGUUUCUAGUGGAGGGAAAUUUAAAAUGCCUGAUCUGAAAAUACCUUCUAUUGACAUAGCACUGCCCAAAGCAAAUACCAAGGGUCCUGAAGUCAGCAUAGAGGCCCCUGGAGGACAUUUAGAAGGACAUAAGAAAGGGACAUUUGAAAUGCCUCACAUGCCUGAUAUUGAUAUUUCUGUGCCUAAAGGAAAGAUCAAAGGCCCAGAUGUAGAUAUAGAGGGUUCUGCUGAGAGAAAGCUUCAAAUGCCUGAUAUCAAAUUGCCAAAUGUUGACAUUUCUUUACCAAAAGGAAAAUUUAAAGGCCCAGAAAUUGAUAUCAAAGGGUCGAAAUCUGGAAAAAUCAAUAUGCCAGAUGUUGACAUAUCUCUUCCCAAAGGAACCACAGAGGGACCUGAGCUGGAAAUUGAAGGAAAAGGUGGAAGUUUUACGAUGCCACAUCCAAAUCUUCCUUCUGUUGAUAUCUCACUUCCAAAAGGAAAACUUGAAGGUCCUGACGCUGACAUAGAUGUUUCUAAAGGAGAUACAUUUAAAAUGCCUGAUCUGAAAAUGCCUUCUGUUGACAUAACACUGCCCAAAGCAAAAACCAAGGGUCCUGAAGUCAACAUAGAGGCCCCUGGAGGACAUAUAGAAGCGCAUAAGAAAGGGACUUUUGAAAUGCCUCACAUCAAAAUGCCUGAUAUUGAUAUUUCUCUGCCCAAAGGGAAGGUUGAAGGUCCUGAAAUAGACGCUCAGGGGGCAAAGUUCAAAAUGCCUGAAAUCAAGAUGCCCAACAUUGACAUAUCUUUGCCCAAAGGGAAGGGUCUAGGAGCAGACACUGAAGGAACUCUUCCUUCUGUUGAUAUUUCACUUUCAAAAGGAAAAAUAGAAGGUCCAGAAGUUGACAUUGAGGGACCUAAAGGAAGAAAGUUCAAGAUGCCUCACCUGAAAAUGCCAGAUGUGGACAUAGCCUUACCCAAGGCCAAAGGUGUUGGUCCAGAGAUUGAGAUUGAAGGGGGACUACCUUCUGUUGAUAUUUCACUUCCAAAAGGAAAGAUUGAAGGUCCAGAUGUAGAUAUAGAAGGUCCUGCUGGGGGGAAGUUCAAAAUGCCUGGUAUCAAAAUGCCUAAACUUGAUAUAACUCUCCCAAAAGGAAAGACUGAAGGUCCAGAGAUCACCACAGAAAGACCUGAAGCUCAUGUAGAAGGAUCAGCAGGUGGAAAAUUCAAAAUGCCAAAUGUAAAAAUGCCAAAUGUUGACAUUUCUUUACCAAAAGGAAAAUUUAAAGGCCCAGAAAUUGAUAUUGAAGGGUCAAAAUCUGGAAAAAUCUAUGUGCCAGACGUUGACAUAUCUCUUCCCAAAGGAACCAUAGAGGGACCUGAGCUGGAAAUUGGAGGAAAAGGUGGACAUUUCAAGAUGCCUCAUCCAAAUCUUUCUUCUGCAGAUAUCUCACUUCCAAAAGGAAAGAUUGAAGGCCCUGACGUCGAUAUAGAUGUUUCUAAAGGAGGGAAAUUUAAAAUGUCUGAUCUGAAAAUGCCUUCUGUUGACAUAACACUGCCCAAAGCAAAAACCAAGGGUCCUGAAGUCAACAUAGAGGCCCCUGGAGUGCAUAUAGAAGGGAAUAAAAAAGGGACGUUUGAAAUGCCUCACAUCAAAAUGCCUGAUAUUGAUAUUUCUCUGCCCAAAGGGAAGGUUGAAGGUCCUGAAAUAGAUGCUCAGGGGGCAAAGUUCAAAAUGCCUGAAAUCAAGAUGCCCAACAUCGACGUAUCUUUGCCCAAAGGGAAAGGUCUAAGAGCAGAUGUUGAAGGAACUCUUCCCUCUGUUGAUAUUUCACUUCCAAAAGGAAAAAUAGAAGGUCCAGAAGUUGACAUUGAGGGACCUAAAGGAAGAAAGUUCAAGAUGCCUCACCUGAAAAUGCCAGAUGUGGACAUAGCCUUACCCAAGGCCAAAGGUGUUGGUCCAGAGAUUGAGAUUGAACGGGAACUACCUUCUGUUGAUAUUUCACUUCCAAAAGGAAAGAUUGAAGGUCCAGAUGUAGAUUUAGAAGGUCCUGCUGCGGGGAAGUUGAAAAUGCCUGGUAUCAAAAUGCCUAAACUUGACAUAACUCUCCCAAAAGGAAAGAUUGAAGGUCCAGAGAUCACCACAGAAAGACCUGAAGCUCAUGUAGAAGGAUCAGCAGGUGGAAAAUUCAAAAUGCCAAAUGUAAAAAUGCCAAAUGUUGACAUUUCUUUACCAAAAGGAAAAUUUAAAGGCCCAGAAAUUGAUAUUGAAGGGUCAAAAUCUGGAAAAAUCAAUGUGCCAGACGUUGACAUAUCUCUUCCCAAAGGAACCAUAGAGGGACCUGAGCUGGAAAUUGGAGGAAAAGGUGGACAUUUCAAGAUGCCUCAUCCAAAUCUUUCUUCUGCAGAUAUCUCACUUCCAAAAGGAAAGAUUGAAGGCCCUGACGUCGAUAUAGAUGUUUCUAAAGGAGGGAAAUUUAAAAUGCCUGAUCUGAAAAUGCCUUCUGUUGACAUAACACUGCCCAAAGCAAAAACCAAGGGUCCUGAAGUCAACAUAGAGGCCCCUGGAGUGCAUAUAGAAGGGAAUAAAAAAGGGACGUUUGAAAUGCCUCACAUCAAAAUGCCUGAUAUUGAUAUUUCUCUGCCCAAAGGGAAGGUUGAAGGUCCUGAAAUAGAUGCUCAGGGGGCAAAGUUCAAAAUGCCUGAAAUCAAGAUGCCCAACAUCGACGUAUCUUUGCCCAAAGGGAAAGGUCUAAGAGCAGAUGUUGAAGGAACUCUUCCUUCUGUUGAUAUUUCACUUCCAAGAGGAAAAAUAGAAGGUCCAGAAGUUGACAUUGAGGGACCUAAAGGAAGAAAGUUCAAGAUGCCUCACCUGAAAAUGCCAGAUGUGGACAUAGCCUUACCCAAGGCCAAAGGUGUUGGUCCAGAGAUUGAGAUUGAAGGGGGACUACCUUCUGUUGAUAUUUCACUUCCAAAAGGAAAGAUUGAAGGUCCAGAUGUAGAUAUAGAAGGUCCUGCUGGGGGGAAGUUCAAAAUGCCUGGUUUCAAAAUGCCUAAACUUGACAUAACUCUCCCAAAAGGAAAGAUUGAAGGUCCAGAGAUCACCACAGAAAGACCUGAAGCUCAUGUAGAAGGAUCAGCAGGUGGAAAAUUCAAAAUGCCAAAUGUAAAAAUGCCAAAUGUUGACAUUUCUUUACCAAAAGGAAAAUUUAAAGGCCCAGAAAUUGAUAUUGAAGGGUCAAAAUCUGGAAAAAUCUAUGUGCCAGACGUUGACAUAUCUCUUCCCAAAGGAACCAUAGAGGGACCUGAGCUGGAAAUUGGAGGAAAAGGUGGACAUUUCAAGAUGCCUCAUCCAAAUCUUUCUUCUGCAGAUAUCUCACUUCCAAAAGGAAAGAUUGAAGGCCCUGACAUUGAUAUAGAUAUUUCUAAAGGAGGGAAAUUUAAAAUGCCUGAUCUGAAAAUGCCUUCUGUUGACAUAACACUGCCCAAAGCAAAAACCAAGAGUCCUGAAGUCAACAUAGAGGCCCCUGGAGGACAUAUAGAAACGCAUAAGAAAGGCACGUUUGAAAUGCCUCACAUCAAAAUGCCUGAUAUUGAUAUUUCUCUGCCCAAAGGGAAGGUUGAAGGUCCUGAAAUAGAUGCUCAGGGGGCAAAGUUCAAAAUGCCUGAAAUCAGGAUGCCCAACAUCGACGUAUCUUUGCCCAAAGGGAAAGGUCUAAGAGCAGAUGUUGAAGGAACUCUUCCUUCUGUUGAUAUUUCACUUCCAAGAGGAAAAAUAGAAGGUCCAGAAGUUGACAUUGAGGGACCUAAAGGAAGAAAGUUCAAGAUGCCUCACCUGAAAAUGCCAGAUGUGGACAUAGCCUUACCCAAGGCCAAAGGUGUUGGUCCAGAGAUUGAGAUUGAACGGGAACUAGCUUCUGUUGAUAUUUCACUUCCAAAAGGAAAGAUUGAAAGUCCAGAUGUAGAUAUAGAAGGUCCUGCUGGGGGAAAGUUCAAAAUGCCUGGUAUCAAAAUGCCUAAACUUGACAUAACUCUCCCAAAAGGAAAGAUUGAAGGUCCAGAGAUCACCACAGAAAGACCUGAAGCUCAUGUAGAAGGAUCAGCAGGUGGAAAAUUCAAAAUGCCAAAUGUAAAAAUGCCAAAUGUUGACAUUUCUUUACCAAAAGGAAAAUUUAAAGGCCCAGAAAUUGAUAUUGAAGGGUCAAAAUCUGGAAAAAUCUAUGUGCCAGACGUUGACAUAUCUCUUCCCAAAGGAACCAUAGAGGGACCUGAGCUGGAAAUUGGAGGAAAAGGUGGACAUUUCAAGAUGCCUCAUCCAAAUCUUUCUUCUGCAGAUAUCUCACUUCCAAAAGGAAAGAUUGAAGGCCCUGACGUCGAUAUAGACGUUUCUAAAGGAGGGAAAUUUAAAAUGCCUGAUCUGGAAAUGCCUUCUGCUGACAUAACACUGCCCAAAGCAAAAACCAAGAGUCCUGAAGUCAACAUAGAGGCCCCUGGAGUGCAUAUAGAAGGGAAUAAAAAAGGGACGUUUGAAAUGCCUCACAUCAAAAUGCCUGAUAUUGAUAUUUCUCUGCCCAAAGGGAAGGUUGAAGGUCCUGAAAUAGAUGCUCAGGGGGCAAAGUUCAAAAUGCCUGAAAUCAAGAUGCCCAACAUUGACAUAUCUUUGCCCAAAGGGAAGGGUCUAGGAGCAGACGUUGAAGGAACUCUUCCUUCUGUUGAUAUUUCACUUCCAAAAGGAAAAAUAGAAGGUCCAGAAGUUGACAUUGAGGGACCUAAAAGAAGAAAGUUCAAGAUGCCUCACCUGAAAAUGCCAGAUGUGGACAUAGCCUUACCCAAGGCCAAAAGUGUUGGUCCAGAGAUUGAGAUUGAAGGGGAACUACCUUCUGUUGAUAUUUCACUUCCAAAAGGAAAGACUGAAGGUCCAGAUGUAGAUAUAGAAGGUCCUGCUGGGGGGAAGUUUAAAAUGCCUGGUAUCAAAAUACCUAAACUUGAUAUAACUCUCCCAAAAGGAAAGAUUGAAGGUCCAGAGAUCACCACAGAAAGACCUGAAGCUCAUGUAGAAGGAUCAGCAGGUGGAAAAUUCAAAAUGCCAAAUGUAAAAAUGCCAAAUGUUGACAUUUCUUUACCAAAAGGAAAAUUUAAAGGCCCAGAAAUUGAUAUUGAGGGAUCAGAAUCUGGAAAAAUCAAUAUGCCAGAUGUUGACAUAUCUCUUCCCAAAGGAACCAUAGAGGGACCUGAGCUGGAAAUUGGAGGUAAAGGUGGAAGUUUCAAGAUUCCUCAUCCAAAUCUUUCUUCUGCAGAUAUCUCACUUCCAAAAGGAAAGAUUGAAGGCCCUGAUGUUGAAAUAGAUGUUUCUAAAGGAGGGAAAUUUAAAAUGCCUGAUCUGAAAAUGCCUUCUGUUGACAUAACACUGCCCAAAGCAAAAACCAAGGGUCAUGAAGUCAACAUAGAGGCCCCUGGAGGACAUAUAGAACUGCAUAAGAAAGGGACAUUUGAAAUGCCUCACACCAAACUGCCUGAUAUUGAAAUUUCUCUCCCCAAAGGGAAGGUUGAAGGUCCUGAAAUGCCUGAAAUCAAGAUGCCCAACAUCAAUUUAGAUCAACCAGGUGCUCAUCAGGAUGGAUCAACAUGUGGAAGUUUAAAAAUGCCUGAUGUGAAAUUUAACGCAGCACAUGGAGAGGUUUGUCAGUCCCCAUCCAAGUCUGAUUUAGGGUUCGAUGGCAAAGUUCAAUUAAACAUGGAUUCACCAGACAGACAUCAGAACACUCACGAUUUUGACAGGACUAAAGCAAAAAUUAAAGGAACUAAAUUUAACAUAGGAAUGCCAAAAAUGAAAAUACAUAGAAAUAAAACAGGAGCUGAUAGAGAGCCUACAAUGCACAGCAGCAAUUUGGAAAGAAAUGAUGAUAAAAGCAUUUCAGGUCCAGAAAUACCACUCCAAGUAGGAGUAAGGCCUGAGGGGGCUGUCUCACAAAUCCAGGCACCCAGGAUCCCAGACAUAGAUUUUGAUAUUGGCAUGUCACCGGAGGAUGAAAAUAUUCAAAUAUCCAAAGAUGCUACAGUCAAAAUACCUACAUUUGGUGUCCCAUUACCCUCCUUAUCUUCCCCAGAAGAAAGGUUAGAUUUUUAUAGACAAGAGAUUCAAUAUUUAGGCCCAAAGGUCCCUAAGGUCAAGAGAGCUGUUUUUGUCCUUGUAAAUCCUGAUGAAUCUGUAAGUCCUAGUUCAAAGCUGUUAAAAACAGCUAAUGUAGAGUCAGAGUCCGUCGAAAUGCAGACAACCUUUCGGAAGUCAUAUACACAGUGUUCUGAUGAAAUUGAGCAAUUAAAGGAAAAAGGAAUGGAGAUGACUCAUGGUUUGUUUUCUUCAGCUGAAACCAAGUCAUUGCACGUAACAACAAUAGAGGAAUCGAUUCAAGAAACUUGUCGUGCAGAAAAACAUUUUAUUAAGAAUGAAAGGGGGACAGUUAGUACUAACAUUAAACUUCCUAAAGUUGAGAUAACAUCACCAUCUAGUCAGAUAUCUACAAGAGAAAAGGAAUCAGAUGUUGUUGGAAAACUUGGAGCACAGUCCUCACUGAUGAGCAAAGAAGCCGAUUUUGAGUCUAUGCCAGGCAUAUUGCAUCUGUCAAAAGAACUAUUGUCAUCAGGUGUGGGAACAGAAAGGAGGGAGGGCUCACAAUCCCCUUCACACUUUACCAUGGAGAGUUCAAAUAAGGUUCUGACCUGGUCAGAGGUGGAUUCUAAGAGAACAGAGCUCAGUUCUGAAGACAAGGAUUCCUCCCCAUGGUUCAGGGUUCCCAAGUUUUCCCUGAAACCCCACUCUACUGGCUUCCUGCAGAUUACCCCAGAGGGCUCUCCUCAGGCCCAGCGCAGGGGCGAGUUGGGAGGAGAUCUGGAUGUCUCAGGCUCUUUCUGCCUCCACACUUCUGGUAUCUCCACCCAGCAAGUGUUUGAGAAGCACCACACCUCAACUAUCUCCAUCCAGCACACACGUAAGGAGCACCCUGGGGUGUCCUCUGAAAGUGCAGGCACAGUGCAGAGCCAGACCAGUGUCACAAGACACACAGCCCAGACAGAAACGCCCCCCACUGGACCCUCCACCCCCAUGGAGGGAGCUGGACACUGAUCAACUGCUGUAAAACCCUCUCAUGGGCAGCCAAACUGUUUAUAGUUUUUUUUUUUUUAUAAUAAUUAUUAUUAUUUUAAAUAUAACUAUUUAUUUUCAUAUGUUUUAUGUAGUUCAUAAUAAAAUUACUAUUGUAGGCGUUACAUUUAUUUAUUGUGGUCAAGUUCGAUUAAUACAUUAUUUGUGUUCAUACUGCUGGACUUUUUAUUAUUAUUUAUUUUUCCUGUGGAAGGUACCAUGGCAUCAGACAGUGCACUUUUUGUACAUACAUCAUAAUUCUUUUAGCAUAAUGCAGUCCGCUUUUAGAAGAAGCCCUCACACUCCACAUCUAUAGCUGUUGUGUAUUUUUUUUGUGUUUCACUGAUAAGCUCAGAGCUAAGGUGAGGGUGUUGGCGUCUCAAGAUCCGUUUUAUUGUUUUGAAUUGUAAUAUUACAUUUUCUUUGAUUUUUGCAGGUUUUUUCAUGCCUAUACUUGUAAUCAGAGGUGGGUAGAGUAGCAAAAAUUGUACUAAAGUUCCUUUACUUCAACAUAAUAACCCUCAAGUAGUCCAAGAAAUGAUUCAACUUAUUUUAGGUUAAUGUUAGUGGAGGGGCAAAAUUCAGUAAUGCAUAUAAUGAAUGAAUCAUUCAUUUAGUAUGGUAAGCACAGAAAUUAGAAGGAGAUAUUCUGAAGGAGCGCUAUAAGAAACACAAAUGUUUAAAUCAUUUCAUAUUGUCAACAUAAACUUGUGCCACAUAACUUUUACUCUAGUAACAGUGCACUGUCAAAUAUUUUAUUAAUAGAAUACAGACGGUGGGUAGUACUCAGUUACAUACAGAGUAUGUUUACUCCUACUUGAGUAAUCUGUUUAUUGAUGUAACAGUACUCUUACUUGAGUAAAAACUGUGCUUCCUCUUUCCACUGUGAGUGACUCUACAAGUGACAAAAUCUUUACGUGACAAUAUGAAACGAUUUGAACAUUUGUGUUUGUUGCGGUUCCUUCACAUCUGAUUUUGUUUGUCUCAUUUUUGUGUCUGUCCUUUGAAAACACCAGAUUUUGUGGAUUAUUUCCUGUUUUGCCCUUCAAAUUAUAUUCACUUUAAAUUAUGAAUCAGAUGUUCCCUACAGUUACUCUUACUUGAGUAAUCAUUUUCCCAAAAGACUUGAGUAAUUUACUUAUUUGAGUAAUUUCUUUGACGACUACUUUGUAUUUCUAGUUGAGUAAUAUUAUUUUGAAGUAACGUUACUCUUACUUGAGUAAAAUUUUUGACUACUCUGCCCACCUCAGAUAGAGGAAAAGUAAGAAUAUGAAAACUACUAUGUAUUUGUGUGUACCCAUUACCCAAUUAUGAGGUUACAAGGCUGAAUCCACCUGGAACUUCCUCACUUACUCACAAUUGAACAUAAUGUGUAUAGAAUAUGUGAUCAGAUCAAAUAUAUUUAUAAUGCAGAGUGCUGAGUGCAGCCUGAGAGCCUGUCAGCAUGUGCUUCUUCUGUAUGCUGUUGGUAUUAUCACGAUGUAUACCCUGGAGCUUUACUCUGGAGUUUCCUGUGAUGUGGCAUCCAGACUGAUGCAGUACUGCUGAAAGGAUUCUUGUACAUAGACAUUCAUUGGUUUUGUUUAUUGACUGAACAACGUUUCCACAUUUUGGGUUGGGUUGAAAUGGCUAGAAUAAGGUGUAUCAUGUGUAUCUCCACUGUAUUAGCAAGCUAUAUUUUGUGUUGUCUGAAUGAAUGUAUGUGGUAAAUAUAAGGCUGUAAUAAAGAUCAACGAUUGCC